AUGGCAGCCGCAGGUCGACGACAAGCGUCGGCCGCAUCACAGGCCACCAGCUCGUCCCAGGGCUACGCUGAUAUCGCCGAAAUGGACAAGUACAAGCUCGUGAGCAACAUCGGCAAGGGCAGCUUUGGUGUUAUCAGCAAGGUCCAAAGGGUCGAGGAUGGAAAGGAGUUUGCCCUCAAGCAGCUCGACUAUGGCAAAAUGACGGAGCGCGACCGCAAACAGAUCCUGGCCGAAGUCGCCAUUCUAGAGUCGCUCAAGCAUCGCAACAUUGUACAGCUUGUUCAAAAGAUCAAAGACCCCAAGAAUGAGCGGAUAUUCAUUGUCAUGGAGUACUGCCCGUCUGGCGACCUCGGAUCGAUCAUCCGCAGGGCGCAGCGUACAAACCAGCCCUUGAAUGAGGACAAGAUCUGGAACAUCUUCUUACAGAUCACCUUGGCUCUCCAUCACUGUCACUGGCCCAAUGAACGGACCAGGUACGCCGGUUCUCGACUGAGUGCGCCUGCCGAGUCCGGCCCUAGCCGGACACAGGUGCUGCAUCGUGACCUCAAGCCGGAGAAUGUGUUCAUGUCUGGGGAAUUUGUCAAGCUCGGUGACUUUGGCCUUAGCAAAGACAUGGCGGGUUGCACCUUUACCAGCACUUAUGUUGGGACUCCCCUGUACAUGCCCCCCGAGAUCCUGGCGGAGAACCGUUACGACACCAAGUCGGACAUCUGGAGUCUGGGCUGUCUGGUCUUCGAGAUGUGUGCCUUGAGUUCUCCCUUCUCGGCGGCCAAGACGCAACAGGAGCUCAUCACGAUGGUCAAGUCGGGCAAGCUGCCGCCACUCCCCUCACACAUCUCGCCAUCACUGAAAGCAGUCAUUCGUGCCAUGCUGAACCUGAACCCCGUUCGUCGUCCCUCCACGAAGGACAUCCUUGAGAUGGACGAGAUGAAGCUGCACCGCAAGUUAUUCAUGGUCCAGAACCAGACUGUGAUUCUUGCCGCUCGUAAAGAGGAAAUUCAGCAAUAUGAGGCGCGCCUUCAGGAGCGUGCGGCUGCCAUUGAAAGGCGCGAGCAGGCAAUGGCGGACAAAGAAGCCGCCAUCGCUCAACGAGAGCAAUCCGUGUCGGAGCGGGAAGACCUCCUUCGAGAGAACAACAAGCGCAUUACGACGGCGGCUGAGAGCCUCAAGGCUCAAUGGGAGAAGUUGCGAGAGGAGAAGGAGAGCCACAAGGAGGCCAUGGCUGCACUUCAAGUGCCACCACUGCCAGCAGCUGAGCCUCAACAACAGACUUCCGACGACAAGGCGCUUCCUGUCCCCUCAACAUCACGUCUCCCUCGACACCAUUCAUACGACGACACGCCCUCAAAGAUUCCUUUCCCCUCAGCAUUCGCGUCGCCCGUGCCCCUCGAUGCUCGCCUGACGAGCAAGAUUGCCGGCUUACCAUCAGGCAGCAAGUCGUCAUCGCUGGCAAGGCGUCUCGCCUCCAAGUCCCUUACGAACCUGGCCUCGCGUGCCCGUGAUGAUGACGAGCUGGAGCUUCCCUCUACACAGGCGACGCCCGCGAAGAGAACAGCCGCCCCAGGCACUCCUUUCAAGAGACAGCACCGCACCUCUAUCGGCUCCCCCGGAGAGCUGGAGCGCGUGUUCUUGGAAGACGUCACAAUGGCGACCGCAUCUCCUGGAUCGACAGUGUUCCCGACACCGUUCUCCCAGCGUCGAAGGAAAGACUCUGCAAUGUCCGAGGACGCCCCACCCAGCCUGAUUCCGGCACCGUCGUUUGUGUUCCGCCCCGAGGCUACGCCGGCCAAGUGGUCUCCUGACGACCCGGAUCUACCUUCCCCGUUCAUUCGUCGCGCUGUUCCAGCACCACCCAACUUUGGCGUGGCAAACGACAGGGCGACCACCGAGCAAAGAGAGCCGCUUGCGGCCAUCAACGCGCAGCCGUUCGUGGCCUCCGGCAACGCCACCAAUGGCACGAGUGCGCAGAACCGCAAGGCUGCUGCUCUCCCUCGGUCAAAGUCUGGUUCGCUACACCAGCACGUACUGCGUCAUAAUGCCGUUCGGACAAGCGACCACGGUGUGGCCACCGCUCCCGUCCCUGCCGUGCCCACUGGCCUCGGAAGCCUUUCCGGCAGUGCGGUGCGUACAUGGCCUAUUGCCGGACGGGACCCCGCCCGCUGUUGA